AUGUUUCCCAAAUUCAACCGGGCUUCUGCCCCUGGCUUCAAGGUUUGCUUCAAUGACAAUAGUGACGCACGGCACCGCAUAUUCCACAUCGAUAUCAAGGAUGUGAGAAAAUGGCGAGAUGCGUUCAAGCCAAAGACGCUUGAUACUAGAGCAGACCGAAGGCGUCAAGACACCCACGCAUCCAUGAGUCAACGGGCCAUCACCAACAGUUCCUUCGUUACUUGCAGCCAAGAGGAUGUUCCCACUCCAGAACGCGAGUCAGGAUCCAUGGACAGUGAAUCACCAUAUGACUCCUCAAUUUUUACAAGGGAAAAAUUGGAUCUUCUCGGAGACACGAAAUACAGUGGCACAGUUGAUGCCGAACGGGCCAAGACCGAAAGGAUUCUCCAAGGUACGUUGACUCCAGAUCCUGACCGGGACUAUGAAGGGGAAUUUACCCUCUUGUUUCUAUCAUUCGUCGAGGCUCAACGCGAACGACAGCCAGAUACUGUUGAUGAUGGUUCGAAAGGGUGGAAAUUUCUGCAUGACAUAAUCACCGUAGGGCAGAGCGGUGAACCCAGUGAACUUCCUGCCUACCACCCCAGCCAACGAGCUUUUCUCCUUGCUCGGAAAUUCAGGGGCCCUUUCCUGGUUACCUGCUCUACACGAAACAUUGAUGCUUGCAGCCACGCGGAACUCCUGAAGCUCAUUUGGCAGAUGGAGAUGACCGGAUGGAACGACAUGAUCUAUGUCACCCAGAAGGACGAGGAGGUCCCUUACCGCAUCGAAAGUAAGAAAAAAGCCGCAGUGUUGGAAUGGGGACGCUUUGAAGAUGAUUAUGAGCGUCCACGGAUCCCAGCUAAAGAAGCUCUGAGAGGCAAGAAACUUAGGAGCCUUAUCUUGAACAAUGAAGCGGUUUCGGUAAGUUGA